CAUGCAGGGUUCUCUCAGCUGGUGAGAACACAGCAUGUUGUCACAGCAACCCUGGGAGAGGAUGCUCACUUCAGCUGCAGGCUCAUGAAACCCAAAGACGAGCUUCAAGUCAGCUGGCAGAAAGUGACACCAGGGGAGAUUGAUAAUGUGGCCACCUACAACAAACGAUUUGGACCAAUAGUCAACCCACCUUUUCAGAGGAAUGUGGAGUUUGAAGACGAGGGACUGCAGAACUGCACUAUCGUCAUCAGAGGAGUGUCAAGAGGAGACGAGUCCUGCUACAAGUGUCUGUUUAACGCCUAUCCAGAUGGAGCUAUCAGUGGCAGGUCCUGUGAACAGCUGUGA